AUGCAGGUUCUCGUACCAUACCAUAAAAUACCCGGCGUCGACAUAAGUCCAGCCAACGUCCCAAGCAGUAUUUCCUUCGAGAGGUUCAUGUUCUUCGUCGUCGAUAUCCUCCUCAUCUUCCAAUUCAACGCCCGUAGGCCCAGCAGUAGACAUACCUUUAUCGUGGUGCCCAUGAGUACCAUCAAUAAGGACGACUUGGCCUCGGAGGUUCCAAUGAAUUCCUGGACCAUGGUACCGAUCCCGCUGCACGGUAAGGGAAUUCAGGCAUGCCCGGUCCACGUAAAUGCAAUAUUUAAAACGCGGACACGCUUUAGAUAUCCACAAAGCGGCGGCGCCCCAUUCGAGGAAACGGGCGCGUAUGGUAUCUUUAGACGCGCCUUCGAGGGUUUUAUCCUCGAGAAUGAUCAAUUCGAGGUCGGGACCCAAUUCGGUUUGUACCGCUUUGUUUUCCAAAUUUCCGGCGUAUUGGUUUUCGAGUGA